UAACUUUACGUGUAUAAGAAAAAUAGAGAGACUGUUUUCGAAAAGCAUAUAAGGAGAUUCACAAAAGGGGUUUCCAAAGUUUUGGGAGAGACUAGAACUCUAGAAGGCAAAGAGAGAACAGAGGUUGUACAUCGUGCUUACACAGUAGUACACUUGAUGAACAGAUGAGGGUUGGGUUACGACCAUUUCUGCGUUCUAUCAGAGUUUCAAUUCUUGGAUCUUCUCCUCUCUACAAAUCCGAGUGUUCGAAAUCGGCUGCAUCAACAUCAACAAUCUCAGGUUCCAAGUUGAAGUUUUUGGGAAUUGAGCAGACACACCUCGGAUUUCUGAAUUCUUCCAAGAGCAAUCUGGCUUUAAAAUUGAAAGCCUCAAUGGAGGGGGUCGCUUUGGUUCAAGAAACUAAAGUGGAUCCACCAAAUCUUAUAAAGAAAUCAAAAGAUGGAAGUGAUUCAUUCACUGAAAUGAAGCAAAGAUUCCUGCGUUUUAAAAAAGAAAAAUACUUGGGAAACUUGGAGUGCUAUCAAGAACUUGCUGAAGCUCAAGCCCCAAAGUUUCUGGUGAUUUCUUGUGCAGAUUCCCGAGUUUGCCCCUCUUAUAUCCUAGGAUUUCAACCUGGUGAAGCCUUUGUAGUCCGCAAUAUUGCUAAUCUUGUUCCACCAUUUGAGAAUGGACCAUGUGAAACAAAUGCUGCACUUGAAUUUUCAGUCAAUGCACUUGAAGUUGAAAAUAUACUGGUGACUGGCCAUAGCUGUUGUGGAGGCAUCCGUGCCCUAAUGAGCAUGGAGGAUGAAGAAAACUCAAGUAGCUUUAUCAAGAAUUGGGUGGUGGUUGGAAAAUCAGCAAGAUCAAGCACAAAAGCCAUCACUUCUAAUCUCAGCUUUGACCAGCAAUGCAAACACUGUGAAAAGGAAUCAAUCAAUCAUUCACUAUUGAACUUGCUUACAUACCCAUGGGUAGAAGAACGAGUGGCAAAAGUCAAAAGCACGAAAAAGGUGGAUACAUCAUCAAGAAUCGUGAAUUUUGGCAAUAAUGUUGUGGUGUUCUUAUUCUUCUUGAUAGUAACAACUUUAUGA